AUGCGGCGGCGGCGCGCGCGCCCGUCCCCGCCCACGUCACCUGCAUGGUUCGGCGGCGCGCGCGAACCGACCCAGGAGACGGCGAAUUGCACCGAGGAAGAGCUGGAAGGAAGUCAUACUGGGAACGGGGAAAUAAAAGCAGUCUGUAAAGAUAGUACUCGAUCACAUCGGUAUCUUACCCCAGAGGUUCGAUCGGUUCAUGUUCCCCCAUUUGUUAGUAAAGAGGGCAGUCGGUCUGGUCAUUUUGAUCAACAUUUUACAAGAACUUCAAGACGCCAUUCAUUCAGAAAGAAAAAGGAAUUCAAGUACACAAAUCCUGCCACAAGCAAUACAAAUACAGGUCUCAAAGAGUCACAGAGUGAGGAAUUUAGCAUUCCAAAUAAUAUAGAUCUUCAAGGACUACCUCAAUUAUGUUUCCCAGGAGAACUGCAGAUAGAAACAGAACCAAAGGAGGACCAAUAUCAUUUCUUGGUGUUCACGGAUGUUUUUGGAACAAGAACCUAUGGUGUGGUAGUGCAGUUCUACAGACUAAUACAGGAAGGAAAUAGUUUCCAACAUGGACUAGCAAGUUGGAAUAUGCACAACCCAAGGAUACCCACGUUGUAUGCUCCCUUCAGUGUUUGUGUGAUAUCCAAAUUCCCUUAUUAUACAGCCUUUAAGGAUUGUCUUUCCAGUCUGAUGGUGCAUAUGAAAUCAUGUCAAGAGCUGGACUUUGAUCAUAAAGUGAGACAAUUUGCGGCAAAAUUAGCCUUGGUGCCCAGUCCACCGGCUGGAACACUCCAUUUGGUAUUUAACAUGAAUCCUCUGAUGAUUGUGUUGCCUUCAAGGGAAGACCCUAACUAUCCAGUGGCAGAUUUAGACCUUCACAUCCCUUUUCUUUGCUUCAAGCCAAAAUGUAUCUUGCAGAUCCUGACGUGUAUUUUAAUCGAGCAGAGGAUAGUCUUUCUUUCAGCUGAUUGGGCUUUGUUGACACUUGUUGCAGAAUGUUUUAUUCUUUAUCUUCAUCCACUUCAAUGGCAACACACCUACGUUCCUAUCCUGUCCAAAGGAAUGAUGGAUUUUUUGAUGGCACCAACAGCUUUUCUCAUGGGUUGCCACAUUGAUUACUUUAAAGAAGUUAAGUCUGAAAUUGAAGGCUUAAUAUUGGUGAACGUUGAUGAAGGGACAAUUAAAUUCUCAAACUUGGCAGGUACCGAACCACACAUACCUGAAAUUCCCUCACAAGCUGCAGAACGUUUUGCACAAAGGAUUGAAAGUCUACAGUUGCAUUAUGAUCUGGAACUACCUCACUUGGGCUCCUCCACAGAUCUUUCAGAUUUACGACUGCGCAGAAGGAACUGGCAGCAGAAUCUAAACUCAAAGAUUCAGGAGUUAUCCUUGGAGCUGGUUGUUAACAUGUUCAGGGAUGUAUCGGGCUAUUUAAAUUAUGAAUAUCGUGUCUUUAACAGUGAAGAAUUUUUGAAGACCAGAACAGUUUCUGAUCAGCCUUUUUACAAAAUGGUAUUGGAAACCUAUAUAUUCCAUUCAUUCCUUAAAGCUCGUUUGAGUAGAAAGAUGGAUGCCUUCAGCCACAUGGAACUUCGCACCUGCCCUGAAAGUGACAGGAUGAAGAUGCGGGAUAAUCCUCGGAGGCCCACAAUGGAACAGAUGGUCAUGAAGAAGGAAUAUAAUAUUGAUCAAUUGAUGACUAAACGAUUCACUGCAAGCAUGCCAAAUCUACCAGUAGAUAUCUGGCAGGAUUUUCCUGCUGAGCAUCUGUCUCUAAGCAAGAACAAGCCUAACAAUGCAAUGAAGAGAAGCACAAAAUCAGUGAGAACUUUCAAGCUGCCAGAGUUUAGGUCUCCACUUAAUUAUUCCAGUGUAAUAGCAUGGUAUACAGAUUUCAUCAACCUGCUGAGCAGAGCCAUAAAUACCACAGGGCCAGAAAGAUCAAGUCUGUUGGCAAGAUACUACUAUCUCCGUGGGUUGGCUUAUUUGAUGCAGGAAAAAUAUCUUGAAGCACUAUCAGAUUUCCAGAACCUUUACAAGACUGACCUUGAUAUUUUCCCAAAAGAAAUUGUAAAGAAGGUGAUAGGUGUGAUGCCUCCAGAUCAAUAUAGUCAAGCAGGUCAGAAACUAGAAUUAAAGCGGCUUAUUAGCAUAAUGCUAGAGAAAGAACAAGAAAUAACAGCAACUGACGAACGUGUCAAAACCUUUGAACUGCCUAAAACACACAUGCACCAAGAAGAUUUUAUGAAAAGGAUCCAGGAAUCUGGAAUUGUGAAGGAUGUUGAUACCAUUCUUCGGCUGUUUGAUGCCCUAACUAUAGUCAAAUCUGAAAAGAACAAACUUAAAUAUCGUGACAUGCCUUCGGAGCCAAUUUCAACGGUUAAAGUGGUUUCAAGAUCAGUGUUUUAUGUAUCGUCUGGGACUGGGCACGUGAAACAGAUUGAUCCUGAGACAUUUAAAGACUUCUACAAUUUUUGGAAAGAAUCAGAAGCUGAGGCUCAUGAAGUUAACCUUCCUUUGGAAGUGAUAGAAUACCUGGAUAAAAAUGAGAGUGUCUUUAAAUUGUCAUCAUCUGUGAAGACCAACUAUGGUGUGGGAAAAAUUGCAUUAACACAGAAACGACUGUUUCUUCUUAAAGAGGGAAGACCUGGCUAUGUUGAAAUCACCAAAUUUAGAGACAUCAUGGAAGUUGAAAAUGUAUCAGUCCUGUUUUUCCCACUUCGAAUCCCUGCUCUGAAAAUUAAAACUGCACUGAAAGAGCCAUUUGUUGGAAACCUAAAGACUGAACGUGAUCUUUGGCAACUGAUUGUGAAGGAGAUGUGGGCUGGGAGCACAAUGGCAGAUAUGCACAAGGAUCCACAGUAUAUUCAGCAAGCAUUGACAAAUGUUUUAUUGAUGGAUGCUGUGGUUGGAUGCACGCAAUCACGAGCCAUUUACGCUGCGUCUAAGUUGGCUUAUUUUGACCAAAUGAGAAAUUUGGUCGUUCCGAAAACAACUUCAGAGACUUUAAAACACAAGAUAAAUCCUUCUGCAGGUCAAACUAGUCCUCAAGCUGUGAAUGCACUCUUGUAUACACCAGGUGAUCUGACUCACCCAGAAGAGAAUGGCAAUGCAAAUCCAAAGUUAUGGUGUGCAUUAAGUGAAGGAAAAGUAGUGCUCUUUGAUGCAACAUCCUGGUGCAUUCAGCAACAUUGCAUUCAAGUGGGCAACUCAAAAUUGAACUGUAUGUUGGGAGUGGAAUUCGACCAAGUUUGGAUAGGUUCACAAGAUUCCUCUAUUUACAUAAUAAAUACUCUCAGUAUGUCCUGCAACAAACAGCUGACCGAACACUGCAGCGAUGUCACUGACAUGGUCUUGGAGGAUCAGGGCUCAAACUUCAGUCAGAAACGGGUGUAUUCAUGCAGUCUAGAUGGAAGUGUCAUUUCCUGGGAUGUGAGCACUUUGGAGAUAAAGACUAAUUUUCAGUUGCCCAACUGCCACAGACUUACUGCCAUUAAACUCCAUAAUUGUAUGCUCUGGUGCUGUGUAGGAGACGCCCUGCUGGAAGUGAAAAAGACUGGGCAAGUUUGCCGAAAGGUGACAUUAGAAAAUUCAAAAGGAAGUCGUGCCUUUUUUAGCUGUUUCCUUGUCUUUCCUGAGAAAAAUCAACUUGUGACUGGAUGUGCUGAUAAAGGAGAAGUUUGUUUUUGGGAUAUGGAAAAUCUAUUAAAACCUUGGCAAAAGGUUCAGCUUCAGGAUUGCAGCAGUAUUAAUUGUAUGAUAUUUGUUAAAAAUCAGAUCUGGAUUGGAAGCAAAGGAUUGGACAAAGUCAAUGGGAAAAUAUAUGUGAUAGAUGCAGAUAAAUACUGUGUGGAGAAAGAACUGGUGGCUCAUGUGGACAUGGUUCGAGCAUUGUGCUGUGCUGAAAACAGAUAUGUUCUUAGUGGAGCUGGCAGGGAAGAUGGGAAGAUUGCAAUUUGGAAAGUAGAAUAACUACUUUUUAACCCUAACAAUGCACUGUUAAACAUAUUACCCAAGAAUAUUAUCAAAAUGGGGGAAUAAGAUGGCACUCAACAUUCUGUACUUUUAUACAUCUGUGAAAUUUUUGCUGCUUGAUGUUUAUAAGUUUUUAUGUCAAAAAAGAGAAGUAUUACUUAAGAAGCAAAAUACUGUAGAUUCUGGAAAUCUUAAGUAAAUACCAAAUGAUGAAAAUACUGAGCAGUUUAGGUGGAGAGUCAAAUAGUUAAUAUUUCAGGUUCAUGAACUUCCAUCAGAUUUGUUUUAGUAAUUCUAUAUAACUUUGACAAUCUUUUUACUUUAUCUCCAUUUUUUAAAACCUUUUUAUUAAAGCAUUUCCCUUUUAGUUGGAGGAAUCAUUACCAUACAGACUUGGCACCAGGGCUGAUGGUGGUUGAGGUGCUGUCAGAUUCAUUAUCAGGCUGGGUAUCACGUCAUAGGAAAGACAGGUGUUGCAAAAGUUAUGCACAAGACAAUCUUUUCUUAAAGGUAUUCCUUUGGGAUUGUGGGUGACUUGCUUCCAUGUCAGUUUGGUGGGUCCUCAGAUGGCUGAUGAGGCCAAGUUGGGAUCCACAGACUCUAUGUAUGGGCCGAGUGGCUGGGUAGUUUUUGAGAUGGUCUACUUCUCUUGUCGUUCAUGCAGGGCUUUGUGUGCUCCCAAUGGAUGGAGUCGAGACCAUCUCAAGACUCUCCAAAUGUUCAUUCUUUGCUGUGAGGGGUCACAGGCUAGGGAUUCCCAGAUGUCACUGGGGAUAUUGCAUUUUUUUUCCCUAGGAUGCUUUGAGUACCUCCUAGGACCUUUUCCCUCUGCCAGAUUGGUAAUGUCUUCCUGUGACAGAGCAACCUUUCCUCAACAAACUUAGAGGAAUUGAGCUAGUCUUGAGAACUCAGGGGAAACUGUUUGACUGCACUCCAGAACCAACGGCAUCCUAAAUCUCAGUAGUUGAGCUGCAGUAAGGGUGAUGAUGCAUGCAUUAUUGCGUGUUUGAGGACUGAGCACCAAGCCCUUUACUGAAGCAUUUGUGCCUUAGAUUCAACAUCUGCAAGACGGAAGUCUAGCAAACUGACCCUGCUGAACAACACUGCCUUUCCAACAUUAAAGGUUCAUGGGAAGAGUCAGAAAAUGUGGACCACUCUGUGAAGAUGGACACCGUCCAAAGACAUUCAUUGUCGUCUUCAAUGCACCCACAUAGACCUUGGUUAAUUAAGGAAAAGGGUAUUUGAAGAUUAAGACCUCACAUAAUGUUAUGAUCAACCAGGCAACAGUGUCCAUCUUCACAUACCUAUCUAUAUGCUUUUGACAUCUGGACUACCUUCAAGUACUGGAAAGAUAUAACCAAUUCAGUCUCUCCAGAAUCCUCCAAGUUCAUUGCAAGGAUAAAGUGAGACAACCAGUGACUUCUCCCAGACCAACAUCUCCAGCACGGAGGCCCUAAUUACAGUCAGUCUUAUCAUUUGGGUAAGUCGUAUCAUUCACAUGCCCGACACAAACCUGGAAACAGUUAAAAGGAGGAGCCUGUAAUCCAAAACUCUUGUAACUGGGAACUUGGUUUGGUAUAGAGUCUGUCCCAUUAGUGGUUGUUUCUGAAAUAUGUGAAUUCAAUAGUUCUUGAUUAUUGCAACCUAUGUGAAUUGUAAGAAUAAAACCUAGUGAUAUGGUUGUAAAAUAUUUAGAAGACAAAGCUCACCUAAACUUUUCCAGUUUUACCAAGUAAUUUGUAAAACAAUAUAGUAUAUGCGUCCCACAGAAGAAUUAUUUUUGUCCAUUUUGAUUUUAAAGUUUAUUUCCUAAGAACACUGCAGAAUGAUCAGUGUAGCAGUGUAGUAGGAUAUUUGAUUAUUGGGAGUAACUGCAGAGCUAGAGGUUGGUGUGCAGCUGGAGCUGGGAGUUUCGGGAAUGUGGUUGGGUGUGCAGCCGGAGCUGGGAGUGUCGGGAAUGUGGUUGGGUGUGCAGCCAGAGCUGGGAGUGUCGGGAAUGUGGUUGGGUGUGCAGCUGGAGCUGGGACUUUCGGGAAUGUGGUUGGGUGUGCAGCUGGACUGGGGACCAGAAUGGUCCUGGUGGUUUAUGUGUGUAACUGGAGUUGGGGGUGGGAACGUGGGUAGGUUUACGACUGGAGCUGGGAGCAGGGCCAGGUUUGCAGCUGGGUUCGGGACCUGGAGAAGGGAGCACAGCCUGAAAGAAACAGCACCACCUGAAAGCAGAAAACUGUGACCCAAAGAAAAAGAGAAUUGAUUUAGAGAGCACAAGAAACCCAUCAAUUCAUGGACAGCUGUGAAAAUGUGUGGACUCCUCAGUGCUGUCAAGACCGUUAAAGCUCAAAUAAUCAACACCCACCAAAAGUAGGAUAAAUGCAUCAGGGACAGAGAGGCAGUCAGUGCCUGCUGGAAGGAACACUUCAAAGACCUGCUCAAUCACAACUUUAUUCUUGUCUUGUGCGCUCGUGAAUCUAUCCCACAGCAAUGUAUUGGGGUCAACCUUGCCACUACUCUUGACUGACAAGAAGUCAAAGACCAUAACUAAAACAUAGCAAGGUUUCAGGAGGUGAACUCCUAAGACUCCUGUGGCUAAGAGUUCAGUCACAAAUCCACAAUUUUAUCAUUCACAUAAGGAGGAUAUAUCAGAGGAUCUUGGAAAUUCCUUUAUCAUAACCAUCUUCAAGAAAGGAGACAUCACCUUUUCAACCUACAGCGACUGCACUCCAGAACCAAGGUCAACCGAACCUUGGUAGUCGAGCUGUAGUAUCGAGAUGUCACUUGAAUUUGGCACAUUUGAAAGCCGAGCUUCAAGCCAUCGUGGACUUGCUCACUGAAGCAUGUGAAAGGAAGGGCCUUUACACUCAGCAUGUGCAGACUAAGGGCCUCUGCUGACUUUCCCCUGCCGCACCACAUUGCCUCUAACAAUAAAUGCUCAACAUCAGAUCCUGAAAAACAUGGACUGCUUCCUAUGUUUUGGGAGGCACCUCUCAGGAUAAGCACUGAUAAUAAAAAUCAUAACUGUCUUUUAAUACCAGCACAGCCUUUGAAGAAAAGAGUAUUUGAAGAUCAAGGCUUCAGACCUGGGGCAGGAGUCGUGGUUUAUCGAGCAUCAAUGAUCUGUGUCCUAUAUAUAUUUGGAAAACUGGACUACCACAACAGGCACCACAAAGGACUUGAAAGAUACUGCCUAGUACUGUCUCAACAAAAUACUCCAAGUUUGUUGCAAGGAUAAUUGAACCAUGGUCAGUAACCUCUCCCAGGUCAACAUCCCCAUCACUGAGGUCCCAGUUACACUUAGUUGGCUAUGCUGGGCAGGUGAUAUUGUUUGCAUGCCCAACACUAGACUCCUAAAAUAGACGGUCUAUUCUGAGAUCUGUCAUAGGGAAGAGAUUACCAGAUGGACGGAGGAAAAAAUUUGAGGAUGUGCUCAA